AUGCGGCUGGCACCUCUUGUCGACGCCGAAACGCCUCCCCUCUCCGAUUCAUUUGAAAAGGACGAUAUCAGACAGCAAGGACAGGAAGAUACCGAUGUUGAAAGUGCCCCAAAUCAACAAGCAGCAGAGAAGCCGACCGAAAAAGACCCCAACUUGGUGGAAUGGGACGGUCCAGACGACCCAGAUAACCCCCAGAAUUUCCCCAAGUGGCGCAAAUGGGUGAUCACCGUCUCGAUGUCGUUUAUGACUGUUUGGAUCACCUUCGCUAGCAGUGUGUUCUCAGCGGCGAACCAGGUAACGUCGAAAGAGUUCCAUGUCUCGAGCGAGGUGAUGGUCCUGGGAACCAGUUUGAUGGUAUUCGGGUUUGCUCUUGGCCCCAUUGUCUGGGCACCUAUGAGUGAGCUCUAUGGCCGCCGCUUGCCUCUAUUCUCUGGCUAUACCGUCUUUGCAAUCUUUCAAAUCCCUGUCGCUGUAGCUACCAACCUGCAAAGCAUUAUGAUCUUCCGCUUCCUAAUGGGUUUCUUUGGCUGCUCGCCGCUGGCCUGCGUGGGCGGUGCGAUGGCCGAUAUCUGGAACCCCUGUGGAUCGAGCAGUGGCCAUCGCUAUGUUCAGCGCAGCUACAUUCCUUGGCCCGACGCUUGCGGCGGUUUCAUCACCGAGUCUCACCUCGGCUGGCGCUGGACUGCAUGGAUCACCUUGAUCGCCGCCUCUUUCUUCGGCAUCAUUGCCCUGAUCAUCAUCCCCGAGACAUACGGACCUAGAAUCCUUCAGGACCGCGCUGCGCGCCUGCGCCGCGAAACCAAGAAUGGGGCUUACCACUCUUUCCUCGACGAGCAUAAGCCAACCAUCAAGGACCUUGUCUACAAGUACCUUCUGCGCCCAUUCCAGAUGCUCGCCCUGGAGCCAAUCCUUGUUUGCAUGACCCUGUACCUAGCUCUCGUCUACGGAAUUCUGUACCUUUUCUUCGAGGCAUAUCCCAUAUCUUUUGCCGAAGUGCGCGGGUGGACAAACAUUGGAGUGGCCUCGCUGCCCUUCAUUGGCAUCAUGGUGGGUGUGUUAUGCGGUGUGGCUCUUAUCGUCUUCACCACCAAGACUCGGUAUGCCCGCAAGCACGCUGCACAAGGCCGAGUCGCACCCGAGGAGCGCUUAGUCCCGAUGAUGGUCGCGUCGAUCCUUCUUCCCAUUGGCCUCUUCUGGUUCGGGUGGACUUCCAACAAGAACAUCCACUGGGCUCCACAGGUGAUUGCCGGUGUUCCCAUCGGACUGGGUAUCCUGGUCAUUUUCAUGCAGGGUCUCAAUUAUAUCAUUGACGUGUAUAUGAUGUUUGCCAAUUCCGCUAUCGCGGCAAACACUCUUGUUCGAUCUACCGUCGGUGGUGGCUUCCCCCUCUUUGCUACCGGGAUGUAUCACAACCUGGGCGUGCCAUGGGCAUCUAGCACCCUGGCCUUUAUCAGUGUUGCUAUGAUCCCUAUUCCUUUCUUGUUCUACAUCUACGGCGCUAAGAUUCGCUCUUUCAGUCGCUUCACUCCGAAGUUUUAA